AUGAUGGGGAAGAGCCGCAAAUGUACGGCAGCAGUGUGUCGCAAUGGAAUCACACUGGGGAGCGUGGCAAACGCAUUUCUACCAGACGCUGUUGCCAAAAUUCCGUUUCGAAAAGUGGAGGAGUUGGCAAAAGCGAUAACUUUAUGGAAUUCCGACGAAAAAUCGGAGAUAAAAGAAACACUUUCGCGGAAGGACCCGUACAACAUACCCGUUGCAGCAGGGAAGAAAGGAUGGAGGAAAGCCAUUGCAGCGUUGACAAAGAGCUGUCCUCAUCGGCAGCAGGCAAUGAAAGAAUCGUUUGGAAUGCCCAUGUAUUCUGGGUACCGAGGUAUAUUCGCGCAGCGUGAUCCGUUUUUUGAAGCAACCGAGAAAGUCCGAGCAGAAGUGAACCGAUCCAAAGGCGCGACAAAAGCAAGACUGGCAAUAUUUGGAGGAGCACGAGCAUGCACAUUAAGCAAAGUGCUGGUGGAAAGCGAGCGUGUAGCUGUAAAAACAGCAGGGAAGCAACUGCAGUUUAGCAACUGGAGCGAACUGAGAAGCAGCCCUUGGGAAAUGAGCCCCUUCACUGGAAUUGGAAUUUUUCUUUUGGAUAUGGACGCUAAGGAGAAAGAUGUUGAAGAAAUAGUAGCCGCGCUACAGAAAUGUCCCGAUGUGCAGGCAGUGAUCAUGGCACCACCACUCGCAAAGGGCCACGAACAAGUACUGCAGAAAAUGAAAGAAUGGUUUAUGGCAGUGAAGGGGAAGUAUGCGGACCAUUCUUGGAUCUUUGCGGGUUGGCAAGAUGGUCUCGAAGAAACUGAUUUGGUAUUUGAAACGGAACAACAACUUUUUUGGAGAGACGGCAAAUAUUGCUCUGACAAUGGAAAUUGGACUACCAUGGGAGCAAGGAGAUUUACCGCAGCGCUAAAAUAUUGUUACCAGAUUAAAAUAUUGUUUCCCAGGACGCAGACGCAACCGUACCAGAAAGGGAGCCGAGAGUUCGAAAGAUGCAGAGGAAACGAGGACGAGAUGCAGUGA